AUGGCACACGAAACUGCCGAAUAUGGAGGGUUCCCCACUGGAGAUUGGGCAUUUUUAUCUUAUGACAUACUGAUGGACAACCUGUUUCAAGCGCUGUGUGAUCACCUUCAAGAACACCUUGUAGCUGUGCAAGCCAACCCUGCAUACCAGCGUCAACUCAUCCUCCCCAGAGACCGACACGUCCCCAUCUUGGAUCCAUCAGGCCCUUGGGACAGUCUCGAUGUGAUGUCGUUGGGGCCGCGCAUGGCAUGUCUGGAUCCGAAACAUCAUGUUUCAGACAAUGCUGGAGUAUUCAUUAGGGGGAUGAGCCUUUGUUUAGCAUUUGAAAGGAUGUUUUCAGAGGCUCACACGUCUCUAGCCAGUCCCCCUCAAGCACAUUAA